AUGGAUAUUUCCAAACCUGUUGGUGCCGAAAUUACCAGCAUAGACUUCAGCGUCUUGACUUCUGAUGAAAUCCGUAAGUUGUCAGCUAAACAAGUCACAAAUCCUACUGUGUUGGAUAAUCUAGGACAUCCUAUCCAAGGUGGUUUGUAUGAUUUAGCUCUUGGUGCCUUUUUGAAGAAUUUGUGUGCAACCUGUGGGUUGGAUGAAAAGUUCUGUCCAGGUCAUCAAGGCCACAUUGAGCUACCCGUUCCAUGUUACAACCCACUGUUUUUCAACCAAUUGUACAUCUACUUGAGAUCAUCCUGUCUUUUCUGUCAUCAUUUCAGAUUGAAAUCUAGUGAAGUUCAUUUGUACGCAUGUAAGCUAAGGUUGUUGCAAUAUGCCCUUAUCGAUGAGAGAUAUCAAAUUGAUAACAUCAGAAUCAACCAAAUGGUUGAUGAGGAUGAAGCUGAAGAAGGUGAAGAGGAAGCUGAUAUUAACGGUAAGACUACAAAUUCGAGCGGCACUCAACAUGCUUUGAGAGAGUUAAGAAGAAAACGUAACGAAUUUGUCGAUAUGGCUAUUGCUAAGGCUCUUUCUGAAGGUAGAACCACUGAGCACGGAACUUUCACUGCUACAGUUAACGAUGAAAGAAAGGCCUUAAUACAUGAUUUCCAUAAGAGAUUGCUAUCAAGACCUAAGUGUGAUAACUGUGGUAUGUUCUCUCCUAAGUUUAGAAAGGAUGGUUUUACCAAGAUCUUUGAAACUGCUUUGACUGACAAACAAAUAACAAAUAACAGGGUAAAAGGUUUGAUUCGUCAAGAUAUGAUUAAAAAGAAGAACCAAAUGAAGAAACUGCAAGUAAACGAUACUUCUUCUGAAUCUGCAUCGAGAGACGAAGAUGGAGAAUUUGGAACCGCUAGAUCACCAGUUAACUUGAAACCAAAGACUGGUUCCACUUAUAUUCUCUCUACAGAAGUUAGAAAUAUUUUGAGAGCUGUUUUCAGAAGCGAACAGGAAGUACUACAAUAUGUAUUCUUCUCCAGACCAAACCAUAAUAAAAAGAUAGUCACAGCCGACAUGUUCUUUAUGGAAGUUCUAAUUGUUCCACCAACUAGAUUCCGUUUACCUUCCAAGUUGGGCGAUGAAGUCCACGAAAACACCCAAAACCAGUUGUUGUCAAAGAUCUUAACAACAUCACUGCUAAUCAGGGAUCUUAACGAUGAAAUGUCGCGCUUACAAAAGGAUAAAGUAUCUGCUGAUGAUAGAAAGGUAAUCUUUAACAGAUUGAUGAAUGCUUUUGUUACCAUUCAGAACGAUGUAAAUGCCUUCAUUGAUUCAACAAAGGCGCAAAGCAGUUCAGGCAACAAGGUACCAAUCCCUGGUCUCAAGCAAGCAUUGGAAAAGAAAGAAGGUUUGUUCAGAAAACAUAUGAUGGGUAAACGUGUGAACUACGCUGCUCGUUCAGUCAUUUCUCCAGAUCCAAAUAUUGAAACAAAUGAAAUUGGUGUGCCACCAGUGUUUGCAACGAAGUUAACAUACCCAGAGCCUGUUACUGCAUACAAUGUGGCAGAAUUACGCCAAGCUGUUAUCAAUGGUCCAGAUAAAUGGCCAGGUGCAACACAAAUUCAAAACGAAGAUGGAUCCUUCGUUUCUUUGGUUGGAAUGACUCUUGAACAACGGAAGGCUUUAGCCAAUCAAUUAUUGACUCCUUCUACCCAUGAUGUUGCACAUUCCAUUAAUAAGAAAGUGUACCGUCAUAUCAAAAACAGAGAUGUUGUUAUUAUGAACCGUCAACCAACUUUACAUAAAGCUUCUAUGAUGGGUCACAAAGUUAGAGUUCUACCAGGUGAGAAGACUUUGCGUUUGCAUUAUGCCAAUACUGGUGCUUACAACGCCGAUUUUGAUGGUGAUGAAAUGAAUAUGCACUUCCCACAAAACGAAAAUGCAAAAGCUGAAGCAUUGAAUCUAGCCAAUACUGACUCUCAAUACUUGACACCAACAUCCGGUUCUCCAGUAAGAGGUCUUAUCCAAGAUCACAUUUCUGCAGGUGUUUGGUUAACUAGCAAAGACUCAUUUUUCACUAGAGAACAAUAUCAGCAGUAUAUUUAUGGUUGUAUUCGUCCUGAAGAUGGACAUGCUACUCGUAACAAAUUGGUCACUAUUCCUCCAGCAGUCAUGAAGCCUGAACCUUUAUGGACUGGUAAACAAAUAAUUACUACAGUUUUACUGAACACUUGUCCUGCUAACAUGCCAGGUAUCAAUUUGAACUCCAAGAACAAGAUCAAGAAUGAAUAUUGGGGCAAGUCUUCGGAAGAGAAUAAUGUUGUUUUCAAAGAUGGUCAAUUAUUAUGUGGUAUUUUAGACAAGUCACAAUAUGGUGCCUCCAAAUUCGGUAUCGUUCAUUCCCUACACGAAGUAUAUGGCCCAGACGUAGCUGCUAAAGUGUUAUCCGUUCUCGGUAGACUAUUCACAAACUACAUCACUGCUACCGCAUUUACUUGUGGUAUGGACGAUUUGCGUUUAACAGCUGAGGGUAACAAAUGGAGAAAUGACAUUCUUCAAACAUCCGUUGACAUCGGUAGAGUUGCCGCAGCAGAAGUGACGAAUCUAGACAAAGAUGUCAAGUCAGAUGAUGGUGAGUUGCUCAAACGUUUAGAGGAAAUCUUGCGUGAUGAUAACAAGUUAGGUAUUCUGGAUGCUAUCACGUCCUCUAAGGUCAACAGUAUCACUUCACAAGUUGUUUCCAAGUGUGUACCAGAUGGUACCAUGAAAAAGUUCCCUUACAAUUCUAUGCAAGCUAUGGCUCUUUCUGGUGCCAAAGGUUCCAAUGUGAACGUUUCCCAAAUCAUGUGUUUAUUGGGUCAACAAGCCUUAGAAGGUAGAAGAGUUCCCGUGAUGGUUUCUGGUAAGACGUUACCAUCCUUCAAACCAUUUGAAACUGAUGCAAGAGCUGGUGGUUAUAUUAAGGGCCGGUUCUACUCUGGUAUCAGACCCCAGGAGUAUUACUUCCAUUGUAUGGCUGGUCGUGAAGGUCUUAUCGAUACAGCUGUCAAGACUUCUAGAUCUGGUUACUUGCAGCGUUGUUUGACCAAGCAAUUGGAAGGCGUACAUAUUUCGUACGACAACUCUGUUAGAGAUGGUGAUGGUACGUUGAUCCAAUUCUUAUACGGUGGUGACGCUGUUGAUAUAACCAAAGAGUCACACAUGACAGAAUUUAAAUUCUGUGUCGACAAUUAUGAUGCUUUGUUAAAGAAAUACAAUCCAUCAGCAUUAGUCGAUCAUUUGGAUGUUGAGUCUGCAUUGAAAUACUCUAAAAAAACAUUGAAAAACAGAAAGAAAAAUUCCAAACUUCCUCAUUAUGCUCAAACCUCAAAAUACGACCCUGUAUUAUCCAAAUUCAAUCCGUCUAAAUAUUUGGGUGCUGUUUCUGAGAACUUCCAAGAUAAACUGGAGAAAUUCAUCAGUACUAAUGAUGACUUCUUUAAAAAGGAUGAAAAUGUCAAUGAAAAGAAAUUCAGAGCAUUGAUGCAAUUGAAAUAUAUGCGUUCUUUGAUUAAUCCAGGUGAAGCUGUGGGUAUUAUUGCUUCUCAAUCUGUUGGUGAACCUUCAACACAGAUGACGUUGAAUACUUUCCAUUUCGCAGGUCACGGUGCAGCUAACGUGACAUUGGGUAUUCCUCGUAUGAGAGAAAUUAUCAUGACCGCUUCUGCUGCAAUAAAAACCCCACAAUUGACCAUGCCUAUCAGAGAUGACGUAUCAGAUGAAUUAGCAGAUACUUUCUGUAAAAACAUCACUAAAGUUAUGCUCUCGGAAGUCAUUGACAAAGUCCAAGUUACGGAAACUAUUGGCGCUCAAGACUCUUCUACUUCUUCACGUUCUUAUAUUAUCAACGUCAGAUUCUUCGAUUCUGAAGAAUAUUUGGAGGAAUAUGAUGUUACUAAAGAGGAAUUAGAGUCUGUCAUUGCUGGCAAGUUUAUCAAAACUCUAGAAGCCGCUAUUGUGAAGGAAAUCAAAAAGCAAAAGAAAACAUCUUUGCCUGAUGUUGGUAUUGCUUUACCAAAGUCCCAAACCGCAAUGGGUGCGGAUGAAAGAAUUACAAAUGUUGAAGAAGAUAAUGAUGAAGAACAAAUGCGUAAGAAGUCUAAAGAAUCUGUUUCCUAUGAUGACCCUGAUGAAGAUGAAGUUGAAACCAUGAGACAAGCCGAACAAACCUCGGAUGAAGAGUUCGAUUCUGACAAAGAAUCUGAAUCCGAGUCGGAUGAAGAUAUGGACGAGGCAAAAGAAGAGAGAGAAAAUGGUAAACACAUGACAAAAGAGCAACGUGAUCGUCAAUCUGCUCUAAUAUCAUCGACAAGGUUUGUUACCAAGUAUAACUUUGACGAUGAUGAAGGUAAAUGGUGUGAAUUUAAACUUGAGCUUGCCGGCGACACCGAGAAAUUGUUAAUGGUUAACAUUGUCGAAGAUAUCUGCCGUAAAUCCAUCAUUAGACAAGUUCCUCAUAUCGACCGUUGUGUUCACCCUGAACCUGAGAAUGGUAAGCGUGUUCUUGUCACAGAAGGUGUCAACUUCCAAGCCAUGUGGGACCAAGACGACUUUAUCGAUAUCAAUGGCAUUAGAUCAAACGAUGUUGCCGCAGUUCUAAAGACUUACGGUGUUGAGGCGGCAAGAAACACGAUUGUCAAUGAAAUUAACAAUGUCUUUUCUCGUUAUGCUAUUUCUGUUUCCUUCCGUCAUUUGGAUUUGAUUGCGGAUAUGAUGACUAGACAAGGUAACUAUCUUGCUUUCAACAGACAAGGAAUGGAAUCCUCCACAUCUUCCUUGAUGAAGAUGUCAUACGAAACAACUUGUCAGUUCUUAACAAAAGCUGUUCUAGAUAAUGAGCACGAAGAACUAAAAUCACCAUCUGCUAAAAUUGUCAUGGGUAAAUUGAAUGGCGUUGGUACUGGUUCCUUUGACCUCCUCUCCAAGGCACCAAUGUAA